AUGUCUUUGACCAAUCCCCUCAAUAUGGCUUUGAUUCCCCCGAUCCUCUAUCUCAUAUACAAAGCCAUCUUUCCGACACCUCCAUCACCUCUCAAGUCUGUACCGACAGAGUACUCGCCAGACACGUACAAUUGGAUGCCUGCGAAGCAUCCACACGUGCUCUGUUAUAAGCAGUUCACUCCGGUUGAACUGGCACAAUACGACGGCAUAAAUGAUCCGAGGAUCUGCCUGGCGAUCAUGCGAGUUCCUAGAGAUGGCAAGAUACCAGAAAGUGGUAAGGCAGAGAGGACAAUCUUUGAUGUUAGUUCCGGCAGGAAUUUCUACGGACCAGAUGGUAUGUAUGGCAAUUUCGCUGGACGAGACGCUUCGCGUGGGAUGGCAAAGCAAUCGUUUGAUGAUGACAUGCUCACACCAGUGGAUCAAUCAUUGGACACCUUGGCAGAUCUGACACAGGCUGAAAUAGACAAUAUGCGAGGAUGGCAUGAGCAUUUUGAGCGAAAAUACACUGUCUGCGGGGAACUGGUCGAUCAGAAGAGCUCAGUAUAG